UUGUUCAGCACAUCAAGCGCCACAAUAUUGUUCUUAAAAGAGAACUUGGAGAAGGAGCCUUUGGGAAAGUCUUUCUGGCUGAAUGCUAUAACCUCUGUCCCGAGCAGGACAAGAUCUUGGUGGCAGUGAAGACGCUGAAGGAUGCCAGUGACAAUGCCCACAAGGACUUCCACUGUGAGGCAGAGCUACUGACUAACCUGCAACAUAAGCACAUCAUCAAGUUCUAUGGCAUCUGUGUUGACGGUGAUCCACUCAUCAUGGUCUUUGAGUAUAUGAAGAAUGGAGAUCUUAACAAAUUCCUCAGGUAA